GACGACUGCGACAUCCUGCGACAAACGCCAUCUCGUUUUCUCUUAAAGUCUCACCAUGGCGGAUCGACGUCCAGAUUCAGCCAACUCUCGUGCAAAACGUCAGAAGAUGAACACGCCGGCCGUUGAUCCCAAGGACAACCCUUAUCUGGCUCAUAUGUACGCCGACGAGACUUCCAACGGCAACGCCGCCUUUGCCAAUUUGAAGAGACAUCAAACUACCGCUGCACAGGCAAAAAGCGUCGAAGAUGGAGAGAUAAAUCCCUUUACCGGCCGAGGUUUCUCCCAGAAAUACUUCUCUAUCCUUAAGACCCGCCGCGAUCUCCCGGUGCAUGCUCAGAGAGAUGAAUUUUUGCAAAUCUAUCAGAAAUCCCAGAUCAUGGUCUUUGUCGGUGAGACGGGUUCCGGAAAGACGACCCAAAUCCCUCAGUUCGUCCUGUUCGAUGACCUUCCUCAGACCCAGCGCAAACUCGUCGCCUGUACCCAGCCUCGUCGAGUCGCUGCCAUGUCAGUCGCCCAGCGUGUUGCUACCGAAUUAGAUGUCAAGCUAGGGGAGGAAGUUGGUUACAGCAUCCGUUUCGAAGAUAUGACGAGCCCCAAGACUCUCCUGAAGUAUAUGACGGAUGGUAUGCUUUUGCGGGAAGCCAUGAACGAUCAUGACCUCACACGCUACAGUACGAUCAUUCUUGAUGAGGCCCACGAAAGAACUAUGGCUACAGAUAUCCUUAUGGGUCUUCUCAAGGAAGUUGUUAAGCGCCGCCCGGAUUUGAAGAUCAUCAUCAUGUCUGCCACAUUAGAUGCGCAGAAGUUCCAGCGUUAUUUCAAUGAUGCCCCUCUCCUUGCCGUCCCAGGUCGGACUCAUCCAGUCGAGAUUUUCUACACCCCUGAGCCAGAACAGGAUUACGUGGAGGCUGCUAUUCGUACGGUCCUACAGAUUCACGCCACCGAACCAGAAGGUGAUAUUCUCCUGUUUUUAACCGGAGAAGAAGAGAUCGAAGAUGCGUCCCGCAAGAUUUCUCUAGAAGCAGAUGAGAUGGUGAGAGAAGUAGACGCUGGACCCAUGAAGGUCUAUCCGCUUUACGGCAGUCUUCCUCCGGCAAUGCAGCAACGUAUUUUCGAACCAGCACCUGCCCCACGAAAACCUGGUGGGCGUCCGGGAAGGAAGUGCAUUGUAUCGACUAACAUUGCCGAGACUUCGCUUACAAUAGACGGCAUUGUCUAUGUCGUGGAUCCGGGAUUCUCGAAGCAGAAGAUCUACAACCCACGCAUCCGCGUGGAGUCACUCUUGGUGUCCCCGAUCUCCAAAGCCUCCGCACAACAAAGGGCCGGUCGUGCCGGUCGUACACGCCCUGGAAAGUGUUUCCGUCUAUACACGGAAGGCGCGUUCAAAAAAGAGUUGAUUAAUCAGACCUAUCCUGAAAUCCUUCGGUCCAAUCUCUCCUCUACCGUCCUAGAGCUGAAGAAGCUUGGAAUUGACGAUUUGGUUCACUUUGAUUUGAUGGACCCUCCUGCACCGGAAACUCUAAUGAGGGCCUUAGAGGAGCUCAAUUAUCUGGCUUGUCUAGAUGACGAUGGAAACUUGACGGCUCUGGGGCGCCUCGCUUCGGAGUUCCCUCUAGACCCUGCGCUUGCCGUCAUGCUGAUCAGCUCCCCUGAGUUUUAUUGCUCUAACGAGAUUUUAUCUAUUACGGCUUUGCUAUCGGUUCCACAGGUUUUUGUUCGGCCCGCAUCCCAGAGAAAGCGUGCUGACGAGAUGAAGAACCUUUUCGCCCAUCCUGAUGGAGACCACCUAACUCUUCUGAACGUAUAUCAUGCAUUCAAGAGUCCUGAAGCCCAAGAGAACCCCAGGCAAUGGUGCCACGACCAUUUCCUAUCUCUGAGAUCGCUUCAAUCUGCAGAUAAUGUUCGUAUGCAGCUUCUUCGCAUUAUGGAGCGUGAAGAACUUGAAAUGAUAUCCACUCCUUUUGAUGACAAGAAAUACUAUGAGAACAUCCGUCGUGCCUUGUGCGCCGGUUUCUUCAUGCAAGUUGCUAGGAAGGAAAGCCAAGGCAAAAGCAUCUACUCUACAGUUAAGGAUACGCAGAACGUCCUCCUGCACCCGUCCACUGUCUUGGGUUACGAUGCUGAGUGGGUUCUUUAUAACGAGUUUGUCCUCACGACCAAAAAUUAUAUUCGGACUGUCACCGCUGUGAAGCCGGAAUGGCUCCUAGAAAUUGCCCCCGCUUAUUAUGAUAUCUCCACGUUUCCGAAGGGUGACAUUCGCUCUGCUCUUCUUCGGGCUGCUGACAGACUUGCACGGAAGGAGAAGAUGCGUGCUGAUCCAGGCAAGAGACGGUAAAAAGCUUUGGGAUCUUUUGUAUUAAUAUUUGCAUCGAAGAUGAACUUUCCCUUCUAUCUGUUUACAUUUUUGAAGAGGCCAUGGAACAUUUCCUCUUAGAGUUGUUAGACCAGACAGCCUUUGUCUUGCUUGAGUUAUGUAUUCCCAAUAACGGUGUUGUUCGGGUGUAUUUAAUGUCUACUUAAGACUGUUCAACUGCGUUUGGAAAGUUGAGUUCUAGUCAGAAAGCGCUAGAAGAGAAAAAGUAAAAUAAAAUAUUCCAAGACAUCCGACAUUCCUAUAUGAAUACAGUUCAAACUAUUCCCUUGCCAAAUCUCGCACUAUUUAUGAGAUAUGAAGAAUCCCCAGCCUUUCUAACCGAAGCCUGUAUAUCCAGGGUCAUGAAAGGGGAACAAAAUAAAAUUAAAACAAAUGAACGUCUGAUGGCUAUCGCAAAAAGGUUGCCAAUUCAACUUAUGGAGAAGCCUCUUGAUCGCGACUCGAGUCGUCAGGGCGGACUGUAGGGUCCGAUCUCACGUAUUUGACCGCCACACGUCUUUUCGGUUUGAAUUCUAUAUACUUGACGGGAUUGUAUCGGGAGGAAUUCUCGAUCGGCAUUUUUCGGUUGAAAGGGGCCGUGGUUUUCUUUAAUAGGAUAGAUUUUGACCUUGUAGGUGGAGCUACAUUGUCUUGUAUGGAGUAGCGAAGACCAUCUUCCUGUGGCGUUCUCUUUUCGGCGGUAGUGUGAGCCUCCCCUUGCGCGAAUUUAGAGGCACUCCAUCCUCUUUUGAGAGCGGUAGUAUUCUGAAGAGACUCGGUCUCUUUAACUGAUGUCACUGGAGACUUGACGUUUUCUAUCGCCGUGGCGGCGGCGGUAUCUUGGGGUUUAAUGCCAGCCAGUCCCAAAACAAGACGUCUUAAUUGCGCAACCUCAGCUCGCAGAGCCGUCAGAUCAUCGUUCUGUGCUCCUGACGUAGUAGUUUCACUAGUAAAUAUGCCAGGGUUUUGAGGUAGAGGCUCAAUUGCAUCCACCUCGGAUUUCAGGGCACAGUUCUUGUCAAAGCCAGAAAGUGCAACUGAGAGGGAAGCUUCCGAGUAGUGCCCAUUCAUAUCUUUCCUCCAAGAAUACCUAUUUUUCUUGGAAAUCAGGAGAUGUAGUUGCUUUCUCAUGAUGCCUGUGAAAGAAUGACACUUUUCCAGUGUAUCCCUGUCCCGAUUUCCAGGAGUGAACUUCUCCACGGCUUUCGCCCAUCGUUCGUAGGCGUUAUCAAAGGGGAAAUUCAGAUCCAACUGUUUCUCUGCGAAUCCGUGAUCAAAGCCGCUCCCAAUAGCAGCAUCGAUUAAGGCCUCCGAGAACUCGUAUUGCUCGCAAUUAUCGCAAAGCGAUACCAUCAGCGCAAUCAACCGCUCAAUCACUUCCUCUUCAUGCAAUGUCGUGGACGCAAUGUAAGCGAGCGCUCUCUUCAAAACGUUCAAUCCUUCUUGCCAAUCCCUUCGGAUGCUAUAGAAUUUCAAAUACGAAAAAAGCGUAUCACGAGUAUCUCCAAAUCCACGCACCCGCGCAGCUUGAAGCCAGGCGUCAGCACGCUCAGGCUGAUCGAACCUUAACGCCGCAAUUAUAAACGAGGCCCAUAUUAGAGAAUUGUUGCUCUCUAACGGCGGCACCGUAAUCUCAACACCAUUUACUACUUCAAGCUUGAAAGGUGCCAUUCCACCAAGGUUUGGUUUGUAUGUCGAAUGGCCUCGCAACAUCUGCAAGAACGAGUCGAAAUCUUUUAGGUUCUUGCUCUUUCGGAAAUAGCUCACUAUCGAAACAAUGAGCGGUCCUGUCAACGUAAACCCAAAAGGAAUCAAUGUCCGUAGAAGCAAUGCCACGAUAUCAUUCUGCCGAGUCUUGGUGAAUGCAACGAUCAUGAUUCGAAAAGCAGUUGGGCGAUCGGGAUCUGUUGAUGAGACGAGAUUGUUCGACAGCCGCAGGAGAAGUUCGGGCAAGGACAUCCUAUUUUUCAUGUACAAUAUGACGUCCCGUGAAAGUUCCUCGUCCAGUUCCCGGUUACUUUUUUGACCCAUACGGAGACCUUGUAAACUCCGUAUUUCCGUAUCAUCUAGACUAGAACCACGGCUCAAUGACUCCAUUCUCCGUCGAAUGGAGCGUAGCUCCGUCAGAAGUUGGGAUGUCUUUAUUCGAGGGAGUUGAUUAUCUGGGAGGAUGUAGUCUUUCUUCAUUCCCAAAUAUUCGUGGGCCACAACAGGACGUAGAAGAAGUCGAAUAGCAAGUUGUUUUGUUGAAAGCUUCUGUAAGGCUUUCAGGGUGAGGGGAUCAUAUUGUCCACCUGCUACACCAAGCUCAUCAACAAGACUGUCAUCAUUAAGCUCAGCAUCAUCAGUUAAUUCCUGGACCUCGGCAUCUAAAUUUUCGUCCGAGGAAAUUUGCUGAAUCACCGACGGAACUGGCCGUCUGGUUUUCGUACUCUGUGGCCUGCCAAAAGAGAUAGAGGACCGUGAAUGAAUAUCUUCAUCCGUAGAAAUUCUCUCUGCCAUGGAUGGGUUUGGCCAUUGAUUUCUCGUAGCCGGUUGCUCGUCAAAAGCCGAAGGGGCGCUGGAAGAGCUGUAUUGCCGUAUUUGAAUGGGCCAAUUCAAAACGCGAGACUUUGUCCGCGACGAAAGGACCUCUAAAAUACGCUUCUCCUCAUCCACCAACUCAUUGACUUCCUCUUUCACCGCCGCGAUUUUCUCAUCCCAUUCAUGCCGUCGUUUAUCCUUAGCCUGUGCAUCUGCCAGUGCAGCGACUGCGAAGAUACUGGAGUAUAGGGCGGUAAUCGAGUUUCCAACGUGAAGACGCCUCCUCGCCGCCGUGCUAGAGCGAGAAGUCAAUCCAUUGGCGCUGGUAUGAAUACGGGAGGCACGACGGCAGGUUGUCUGCAGCGGAGCGGAGCGGGACCAGAUAUUCUGCAUUAUCGCGACAUAUCCGCCAGACUAUUGACAGGGCAAUGACAGACAAAGCUGUGGAAGGCUUAGCCGAGCAUUUUCUGUGCCCAGUCAAAGUCAAUGGUGGGCGAAGAGAGGAGAGAUGGGAGAAAG